GCAAAAUGGCGGAUGAAAUUUCCUGGCGCAGAAAUUGGAAGCCUGAAUUUGAAACAGAAGCAUGGAAAGUUAUUCAUGUGGACUGUAAAGUUUAUUGGAUUAAAUAUUAUUUCGAAGAAUCGUUGUGUUCGUACAAAAUUGCCGUGACAGAUUGUGAAGGCAUUUGGAUCGAGGAUGUCGAUAAUGAGGCUACUUUCUGUGAGAGAGCCAAAAAGUUAAAUCCUAACAUUGAGGCUCAAAGUGCGUACCUCAUAAAACACUUGUCUGAUUGCUUGACUGGUUUGUCUGGAUUAACAUUUUCUGCUCGGGAGCCAGGUACUGGAAGUGAUUGCUUUUCUUUGUGUUUAAAAUCUAAACUACCUGCUGGUAUUCCAUUUUCCUGGGAAUUUUACUGUGCACCAGAACAAAAGCAAAUGAUGAAAGAUAAUCUUGUGUUACCCCUAAUAUCAAUGGUUGGUGAGCUGCAGCGGAGACAGAAAGAAUUGUUUAAGAUUUUAAAAAGGAAAGAUUAUGAAAUACAGGAAUAUAAAAAUACUGGAGCUGUUUUACCAAGAAGUAAGAGAUGUGAUUAA